UAACUAAAGACGCGACGUAUAGAGCCGGCAACCGGGGAGGCGCUCUCCUGGUGACGCACUUCCGGCGCGCAGUGGGCGUGGUCUAUGCCCUCUGAGCUCCAUGUUCCUGGGGGCUGCUGCUGCUGGUUAUUUGUGGUCACAGAAUGGCAAAGACGGUGGCCUACUUCUACGACCCGGAUGUCGGGAACUUCCAUUAUGGUACAGGCCAUCCCAUGAAACCCCACCGCCUGGCUCUCACUCACAGCCUGGUUCUCCACUAUGGACUUUAUAAGAAGAUGAUUGUGUUUAAGCCCUACCAAGCCUCCCAGCAUGACAUGUGCCGCUUUCACUCUGAGGAUUACAUAGACUUCCUGCAGCGGGUGAGCCCCACCAACAUGCAGGGCUUCACAAAAAGCUUAAAUGCCUUCAAUGUUGGCGAUGAUUGUCCGGUGUUUCCAGGCCUCUUUGAGUUUUGUUCCCGGUAUACAGGAGCCUCUCUACAAGGAGCAACGCAACUAAACAACAAGAUCUGUGACAUUGCAAUUAACUGGGCGGGAGGACUUCACCAUGCCAAAAAAUUUGAGGCGUCCGGAUUCUGCUACGUCAACGACAUUGUGAUUGGUAUCCUGGAGCUACUCAAGUACCACCCACGUGUCCUGUACAUCGACAUUGACAUCCAUCAUGGAGAUGGCGUCCAGGAAGCCUUUUACCUCACUGACCGAGUCAUGACCGUCUCGUUUCACAAAUACGGAAACUACUUUUUCCCCGGAACAGGUGACAUGUAUGAGGUCGGAGCUGAGAGUGGGAGAUAUUACUGUCUAAAUGUGCCGUUAAGGGAUGGCAUAGAUGACCAAAGUUACAGACACCUCUUUCAGCCGGUCAUUAAACAAGUGGUAGAUUUCUAUCAGCCCACCUGCAUCGUGUUACAGUGUGGUGCUGACUCCCUCGGCUGUGACAGACUGGGAUGUUUUAACCUUAGUAUACGGGGACAUGGGGAUUGUGUUCAGUAUGUGAAAAGCUUCAAUAUUCCCUUGCUGGUACUUGGAGGAGGGGGUUACACAGUCCGCAAUGUAGCGCGGUGCUGGACAUAUGAAACGUCAUUGCUAGUGGAUGAGACCAUCAGUGAAGAGCUGCCUUAUAGUGAAUACUUUGAGUACUUUGCACCUGAUUUUACACUCCACCCGGAUGUCAGCACUAGAAUUGAAAACCAGAACACUCGACAGUAUUUGGAUCAAAUCAGACAGACCAUUUUUGAAAACUUGAAGAUGUUGAACCACGCGCCAAGCGUCCAGAUCCACGACGUCCCCUCGGAUCUUCUGAGCUAUGACCGCACCGAUGAGCCGGAUCCUGAAGAUAGAGGAGGCGAGGACAACUACAGCAGGCCAGAAGCAUCAAAUGAGUUCUACGAUGGAGAUCAUGACAACGACAAGGAAAGUGAUGUAGAGAUUUGACCGUCGCGGUACAUUUUUUAUUUUUAGACCAAUAUUCACAAUAUUUCUUGUGAAGAUUUCUGGACCAGUCGCUUUUAUUUUCUGCCUGUCCAGCAAUUUUUUUAAAUUUUUUGGGGGAAAUGCUUAUUUUUUUUUUUCUCUCCCGAGAAUGAGACUUUCAGACAAAUAACUCUAUUGGAAUGCAGAAUUUCUGGAAAAUACAACUUUGAGAUGUCAUAAAGAGUUAUCAAACUACAUGAAUUGUAUUUUCUACAUCAUCCAAGCCACGCCGGAUUGAUUUUUCCUCAAAACUGUGCACAAAGUAAUUUUACUUUUGUGCCCAUCCGCUAUUGGACAAAUGGCCGAUAUUGGCUUAUAGAUUUGUUUUGUUCUUUUCCAUCUGCUCCUACAAAACAAGUUGUAUUGUUUUGCUAUGAAUGGCGUGCCACUGCUCUGUUUCGGCUAUGACAAGUCGAAAGCCAAAGACUAUUUGGAGCAGUAGAUUUUAUCGAUCAUUGGCAGUUUAACUGAAUUAUAUUCACUUUCUUGAAGUAAAACUUUCCCACUGGAAGAAUUAUUUUGCAACAGUUUACAUAUGUAAAUAUGUAGGGAAUAGGAUAAAGACUUUUAUCAUAUCCAA